CAUAUGGAGGGAGUAAGAUAUGUAAGCAUCUUUCAUUUUUUAUUAUCUCAUUAUUCAUUCGGUUUAGGAUAAGAUUAAGAGGGAUAUUAACGUGAACAAUAUAUGUAUUAUGUUUCGCACAUAUCACUCCAUUAGUCAGGGAGUGAAGAAUAGGUCAAGUAGUUAGAGUUUUCCUCCCAAUUUCAGAAGAUCAUGAAAUCAAUUUUUAUCCCCAUCCUAAUGGCUUUCAAAAAAAAAAAAAAAAAAAUACACUCCUUUAUUCAUCACUCAUCUAUAAACUACUCCAUAUAAUCCAACCAAAAGUUACUGGAGCGCACGUCUUGUACUUAUGAUUGAGCAACUAGUUAGUUUCGUCCUAGGACUGACUCCUACAAGUAAAUCGAUGACUUUACCCAACAACUUACCAAAUUGCAAUAACCAAGUAAUUUCCUAAAACCCAAAAAACUCUCUUAAAAUUAAAAUUAAAAAUCAGUUCUCACGACAGAGUCCAUCUCCUAAUUUCAUAGUCAGCAACAACAACAACCAAGUUGGCUCCUUUUUUGUCUUUUUUUUAAAUAACAUUAAAUUCUAAAUUUCUAUCUUUUUAACCAAAAAAAAAGAAAAAAAAAAAAAAAACCCCGCGUCAACUUGGGCGUCUGCCGUCUCUCGUCCCUUUGUGGACGCCCAAUACCUCCCUUUCCCCCCACAUUUACCCUUGACUCCUUUUUUCUACUUCCGAAACUUUCUUGAACCUUCCUCUUUCUUAGUGCUCAUUAAAACUUCAAACUCCUAUUUCUUCCUCUUCUUUAUUUACAAUCUCCAUAACUUGCAAUUUAUUUGUUGGAUUGAAUAUAAUCCCAAAAGAAAAUGGCGGAUCAUAUUGGUAAGGAUUAUAAUAUCCCUCACGAACAGAAGGGAUACGCCCUUAGCGGCAGGAUCAUGCUAAGCGCAAUCGUGAUUCUUUUCGCGGUCGUCGUAAUAAUGGUAUGUCUUCACGUGUACGCCCGAUGGUAUAUAUUACGAGCGCGACGGCGUCAGAUCCGUCGCGCUCGUCGUCGUACGCAUCUCGUAUUCUACAUCGAGCCUGAUAAUCCUUCCGACAUUGCUCCCGCCCAAUCACAGGGGCUCGACGCGGCUGUGCUUAAAUCAUUGCCGACUUUCACGUUUGGUAAGGACAAGGUGGUUGAGCUUGAAGAAGGAGAAGUGCUGGAAUGCGCUGUUUGUUUGUCAGAAUUUGAGGAGAGAGAAAAAGGGCGUUUAUUACCUAAAUGUAAGCACUGUUUUCAUGUUGAGUGUAUUGACAUGUGGUUCCAUUCUCACUCCACGUGUCCACUUUGCCGCUCCCCCGUCGACGCUGCCGAUAUUCCACCACCACCGCCUACGGUGGAAGGCGAGGAGGUGGUUGUCGAGCUGAGUGAGCAGUCUCAGAGUGUUAAUGUACCCGAAUCGAGCAACAAUUUAGGUCCGAGUCACGGUGAGUCCGAUGUAUUAUCUACGGGAUCGUCGUCGUUUGCCGGGAGGAGGAAAGGGUUGGAUUUGGUGGAGGUGUCAAUUGAGGUGCCGAGAAGGAGCCAGAGUUUUUGUUUUCAAGGGUCUAACUCGGACGAGCCGGGACUGAGUCGGUCGCCGGGUUCCGGGUUUAAAUCGCCAACAAGUCGGAUAAUGUCAUUGAAGAGGAUAUUGAGCAGGGAUAAAAGGUCUCCGCUCCCCUCGCCUUCGGGUGCCGGGUCGAGUUGUUGCGAGUUUGAUAUCGAGUCGGGUCGAGUUGAAUCAUCGGGUCAGGCCUUAACGCCGACGUAAUUGAUUGGCAGUAUACAAAAUCCGUUUACGUCAUUUUCCUGAUUUUAAAAGAUAAUCAUUUUUUUCAAGUGUGGGAAAAAUUGGGGCGAGAUUUUAGGGCAUGUGACGUACACGCGACGGCGCAUAAUUAUAUUAGAAAAGUCGUUGGAAUCAUGAAAACAUUCGGCGGAAGUUGUCAGAGAGUCGUGGUGUUCAUACCUCGAGCUUUGGUCAAUGAAUGUGACCUUCUUGACACGUGGCCGAGACCCGUUUUUGUUGAGGAUAGAACGGUCAUUUCAUAAAUUUCAUGGCAUACUUUUGGAGACUACGGAGUAUCAAAUUUCAGUAUUUGACAAUGUAAAUACGGCAUAGUAUGAAAAAAAAUACAGUACUUGCAAUAUGUUUAAUUUUUCAUUUUUUUUUAGUGAAUAUUAUUGUGUACAUUUCUAGUCAACUUUGUUAGUAAAGGAAAAAUAUGGGUUAGUUUAUAUAAAUAUGGUAAAUAUACCUGACAAAAUUGAUACUCA